AUGUGUAUAAUUAAAAACAAUGUAAUUGUUAGUAUGCAUACAAAAUUGUGCUUCUCAGCUUCAAUCGUUGAUCCACCAGAUCAGGAUGAUAAUGAAGUUGAAAUUUCUUUACAUCUUAAUUCUGCUCAUAUGUUUAUUUCUAGAAAACUAGAUAAAUAUUUUAUAAAAAACGUGAAAUCAUUCUGUAUUGUUUCAUAUAUACUUUUAGGUGAAUCAGGAUACUUCAAAGGAAUAUUAUGGCGAAAUUUUUACAAAAACAUAUCUAAGAUGAAAACCAAGUUAUAAUGCAGAAUAUUUUUUUCCCAGUAACUAUCAUGGAACCUAAGAAACUGAGAUAAGAGUGAAGUAGGCAUACUUUAUUUGUAUGUAUUCCCAUUUUUCGGAGUGAAUAAAUAUUUUUUUCCAUCAAAAGAAAAUUUUGGUUCGAUUUGUUCGUAUUUCUAUACGAGUGGUUUGAAUCAUGCUUCUUUAAUGGACAGCUGUGGAGGCAAGCCAUGUUCCCGAACUCAUCAAUGUAUAACAAAAGUACUUGUUAAAUUAGUGAGCAGUUUGUAACUCCUUACGUUAGCAAAUUGAUUUGUAGGAGGCUUAUAUUUUUAAUAAAUGUAAGAACUUCAAUGAAAUAAUUUGUUAAUAAACUGC